AUGAAUAUUUUACAUUUUUAUCUGCUAGGAGUUGUUUUACAUGUAUCCAGUCAUAGAUUUGUUUACAACAGAACACAUAUAUUCAUAUCUUUUGUAAAUGAUUCUUAUAAUACAUCUGAGAAUUUAGAUGAGGAACAAUUUUUUAAACAUUUUAAUGCGUCGUUUCUAAAUUUUUUGCCAAAAGACCAGAAUACAAACUUUUCAUUAGAUGCUGGACUAAAAAUCAAGACAGAAAAUAGAACGAUUAAUUUACAUUCGAAUGAAACGGAUUUUAAUACUGAAAAAAUGAAUUUUCCUAAAGACACAUGGCCUCAAUUGAAUUUUUCCAGUUUUCCGUUCAUGAUGAACGAAUCUGAUGAUCAACAACAUGAGAGAAGUGUUGAAUUUAAAAGUCAACAGUUGGAAACAAAACUCAAAGAAGUAGCUAAUAUGAGUGAUCACAUCGAAAAAUCUCUUUUUGAAUCAAAUAUAACGACUAGCUGGUUAUUUAUAUAG